AUGAAUUCAUUUUUAUCAACUAUACUCGAUAGAGAAUCAGCAUUGAUGUUCAUUCUCGGUGCGAUCGAAAGUGAAAUUGUGCCUGUUCUGUUUGAGAUAAAUAUUCCAAACGAUACUCGUAUAUCAACUCUAUAUGCUGAUGUGAGAAAUGAAAGUUACAUGCAGGAUGAAGGAGAGAUUUUAUUCUUGAUGGAUUAUGUAUUCGAAAUCGAUUCCGUGAGUAACGACAACGAAAAUAAUCAAAUAAGUGUAGUCAAAUUAAUUGUAACUGAGCAAUAUGAAGAGAAGGAUGGACUGAAACAACUGCUUGAUCUUAUGAGAAUGAGAAUUAACAAUACUCGUUCAGAUACAUGUGCAAUAGCAUAUCUUAUGCAAGAAAUGGGUUACUAUGAUAAAGCCAGAUAUUAUUAUGAAUUAGAACGUAAAAAUUUGCCACCUCACCACUUUUUACAUAGCGCCCUUUAUAGCGAUAUUGCACACAUCUUUGACCAACAAGGCAACUAUGCUGAGGCAUUGAACUAUUACCAAAACUCACUUUGA